CUUCACACAAACACCAGACCAGCUCUUCACACAGCUGAGUGCGUGCGCACAACGUGUGUGCGUGUGUGUGUGCAUCCAACCAACGCUGCCUGGACCGGACUCAGCUUCCCACGCCGCUCUGAGGAGGAAAAAGAUGGAGAAAAAGAGCGAGAUCAACGGGCACAUGCCCAGCUCGGCGUCCACCGAUCGGAUCCUGGAGAAAAGCGCGCGGAAGAGCUUCAGAGAGAAGCUGAUGGAGUUCCUGGGAAAGAACCUGCUGGUGAUCAUGACGGUGUCGGGGGUGCUGGUGGGAAUCGGGCUCGGGAUGAUGGUCCGAAAAAUGGACCUGACCAAGGCGCAGAUGACCUACUUCGCCUUCCCCGGAGAGAUGCUCCUCCGGAUGCUGAAGAUGAUCAUCUUGCCCCUGGUCGUGUGCAGCCUCGUCUCCGGCGCCGCCAGCCUGGACACUCGCUCCCUGGGCAAGCUGGGGGGCAUCGCGGUCGCCUACUUCCUGGUGACCACGCUGAUCGCCUCGGGGAUCGGGGUGUCCCUGGCCUUCAUUAUCAAACCCGGCGUGGGCGCCGGAGCCCUGAACACCAACAGCCUGGGGCUGGAGAGCGUCAGCAGCAACAAGGAGACCGCAGACUCCUUCUUAGACCUGGCCAGGAAUUUAUUCCCAGCAAACUUGGUGGCUGCUGCUUUCCGUUCUUAUGCCACUGACUACAAGAUGGUUGCUGUAGGGAACGACACCAAUGGGACUGCCCUCUAUCAAAAGGUUCCUAUUGGUACAGAAGCAGAUGGCAUGAACAUCCUAGGUCUGGUGUUAUUUGCCAUGGUGUUUGGAGUGGCGCUGAGGAAGCUGGGAGAUGAGGGAGAAGAACUCAUUCGUUUCUUCAACGCUUUCAACGAGGCCACCAUGGUGCUGGUGUCCUGGAUCAUGUGGUAUAUCCCUUUUGGCAUCAUGUUUCUAGUGGGCAGUAAGAUUGUGGAGAUGGAAGAUGUGGUUCUUCUGGUCACUAGUCUGGGAAAAUACAUAUUUGCUUCAAUCCUGGGCCACAUUAUCCACGGAGGCAUCAUCCUGCCACUAAUCUACUUUGGCUUCACACGCAAGAACCCCUUCAGUUUCCUGUCAGGCCUCAUCACGCCCUUCACUACUGCCUUCGCCACCUGCUCCAGUUCAGCAACUCUUCCCUCUAUGAUAAAAUGUGUGGAGGAGAACAAUGGUGUGGAUAAACGCAUCAGCCGCUUCAUCCUUCCCAUCGGGGCCACUGUCAACAUGGAUGGGGCGGCCAUAUUCCAGUGCAUCGCUGCUGUUUUCAUCGCUCAGCUUAACAAUGUUGAUCUGAAUGCUGGACAGAUCUUUACCAUCUUGGUGACAGCAACAGCUUCAAGUGUCGGUGCAGCAGGCAUCCCAGCCGGCGGCAUCAUUACUAUCGCCAUCAUCCUGGAGGCCAUCGGCCUGCCGACCAACGACCUGUCCCUUAUGCUGGCUGUUGACUGGAUUGUAGAUCGUACCACCACGGUUGUGAACGUGGAGGGCGAUGCUCUGGGUGCUGGAAUUCUCCAUCACAUCAACCAGAAGGAGAUGAAGAAGCAGAAGGAGCAGCAGCAGCAGCCACAAGAGGAAGGGGAGCUGGCAGAGGUCCUGGUGGAGGUGGUGGCCAAAGUCCAGGCGGAGGAGGAGAACUCGCUGUACAUCAUUCACCAAACCAAAGCCAUGCCUGAAGCCAUUGAGUCGGUCCUGUGAACUAAGCGAGACUUUUUCUCUUGCCCCCUGACCUAUUGAUACUUCUGAUGUUGCUGCUUACCGAACACCAUUCUGACUCAGUAUCCAUUCAAAAAAAAAAAAAGGUCCCUGAUGGUUUCACUUUUGAGGGAAAACAAAGUGCCAUAGUAGCAGUCUGCAUAGAGCAGUCUACAGUGUACCUAGUGCGGCUGUUGUACUUUCGAAAUUCACACACGUCUCAAUAACUGGGUUUUCAAUGCAGAUUAGAGUACGAUGAAUUGGAGAAUGAUUGAUUUUUAUAAACAUUUCCUCAAUCUAGCUAAUACAUUUUUUGUUAUUUUCACUUGACUUGAGGUUGCCUACAUUUGUUUGUAUCUUUGGAGAUUUUGAUUGAGGCAUUUUGCGAUAAACAGUGAUGGAAACACACUGUGUAAAAUAUCCCUAAAACAUUCCCAUACAUGUUAAUUUGUCUGACGUACUGUAUAAGAUUCUCAUGGCCAUGCAUUUUUACAUUAGAUCAUCAUCAAGUGCAUUUAUUUGUUUUUAUCUUCAGACAGCAAAUAGAACGACCAGCAUUAACUAUCGAACACUAACAACUUGCCAAAUGCUGACAAGUCAACGUGUCUCACGUAUGAUUCAUCAUAACUGAAUUACAUGUUCAAAAACCUG